AUGGUGGACGUGCUGGGCGGGCGGCGCCUGGUGACCUACGACGGCACGUGGGUGGAAGCCGAGGCGGCGCUGCAGAACAAGGUGGUGGCGCUGUACUUCGCCGCGGGCCGGUGCGCGCCCAGCCGUGAUUUCACGCCGCUGCUCUGCGACUUCUACGCGGAGCUAGUGGACCAGGCGCGGCCGUCCGCCCCCUUCGAGGUGGUCUUCGUGUCCGCCGACGGCAGCGCGCAGGAGAUGCUGGACUUCAUGCGGGAGCUGCACGGCGCCUGGCUGGCGCUGCCCUUCCACGACCCCUACCGGCAUGAGCUGAGGACCAGGUACCACAUCAUGGCCAUCCCCAGGCUUGUGAUCGUGAAACCGAGCGGGGACGUCAUCACUGACAAAGGGCAGAAGCAGAUCCGGGAGCGGGGGCUGGCCUGCUUCCAGAACUGGGUGGAGGCAGCUGACAUCUUCCAGAAUUUCUCCGGUUGA